AUGCCAACCUUUCAAGAGAUAGCAGCAGCUUCAGUGCAGUCGCGAAGCCGCAUUCGUCAUCACGUCUACCAAACACCUCUCAUCCCUGCCAAGAAGGUCGGCCGCGAUCUCAAAGCCAAUGUCCUGUUCAAAGCUGAGAACUUCCAGCUCACGGGAUCUUUCAAAGUCCGAGGCGCCAUGUCCAAACUUUCAGCAGCAGGGCAAGGUCGAUUGAUCACUGCUUCAUCUGGCAACCACGGCAUCGGCUGUGCUUUGGCAUCGCAGACUCUAUCCAAGGAUCUCACUGUUGUCCUUCCCGAGAUUGUCAUUCCCGCCAAGCUCAAUGCUAUCAAGUCGUAUGGCGUCGAAGUGAUUCUGCAUGGCGCUGAGGCUGGUCUCUCGGAGCAACACGCCCAGCAGCUUGCAGCAUCGGGUGAUUAUACUUACGUAUCGCCAUAUAACGACCCUGAUAUCAUUGCUGGUCAGGGUACGAUUGGCCUUGAACUUCUUGAGCAGUGUGACCAUAUCGAUAACAUCUUCAUCUCCCUGGGCGGCGGAGGUCUUAUCAGUGGCAUCGGAUCCGUCCUCAAGGCAAACAAUCCAAGCAUCAAAGUCUUUGGUGUUUCAGCGGUCAACUCAAAAGCACUAGCUGAGUCGAUGGCCGCAGGACACGUUGUCGAAACGGAACAUCUUCCCACUUUGGCCGAGGCUGUUGCCGGUGGCAUCGAUGAGAACACCAUAACACUUGGACUGGCAAAUGCAGUUGUUGAUGAACUUAUUGACUGUAGUGAGGACGAUAUCAAGGAAGCAUUGAAGGAGCUUGCUUGGUCCGAGAGUAUGAUUGUUGAAGGUUCCGCAGCUUUGGCUCUUGCUGGCUUCAACAAGGUCGCAUUAAAACUAGCCGGGCAAACAAGUGUUGUGCUCCUCUGCGGGUCGAAUUACGAUCAAUCCGCAAUCGCCAAGAUAAUCUCUUCGCCAUAA